AUGUUUGCAUUAUUCAUCUACACAGCUCACCUUAACUCUAUUCUUCUGAUCAUAAAUACGCAGGUCCAUUCAGCACAUUUACACAAACCUCCAUGUUUUCGCAAGAUUGCUAGCAGCACUUCAAAGACUUCUUCGCGUGGGACGGACAGCAUUGUAGACUGCCAUUCUCCCAAAAAUCCAACAUGUCGACAAUUAUUGAACUCAUCUCCCUUUAUGUUUGGUCAGCGUUAUGGGGCUGGUGACCAUCAUCGACGCGAUAAAGGAUACUUAAUAUGCGAUUCCCUUGAUUUGGAUGGCCACCAUCACCAACGCAGGAAUUCCAAAGAUUCAGCUUUCUGGUGUUGGCGCCGAUCGCAUCCUUGCUCUUGUCACCGGCCAGUUCGAAGCUACUGUAGACACUGCGGAUGUGCUCACUACUGUGGUUGUGGUGAUGACAACACUAAUUGUGACAAAUGCAAAUUUGCUCGCCCCAGCCUUCCAGAAGGAACUUCAGAGCCUCCUAGUAACAACUCGUCCAUAGAUAUAAUUCAAUCCUAUUGUCCCUUUAGUUAUUGCCAUAUUCAGCCAAAAGUCGAGGCUCGCUUCACUAGACUACGUGAAAUUCACGGUCGUUGCACUGGCACUCUCUUGUAUCACUCGGGUCGCCCCCUGUCUAGUGGAGCCAAUGCUUGUUGUCCUCAUUCAUCACAAUGUCGCAUCGUUCGGGAGGCACCAGAAGUAAUGCAUUCUGAGCCGGAUACUAAUGGGUUAAGGAGGGCUUUGUCACCUAAUUGUUCCCUUCCUUUGUGUAAAUCGGUCGCCCUUACGACUACUGGUCAUCAAUUACCUCCCGAGCCGAAUUCUAUCAUCCCACCUGCUGGCAGCCCUAUCAAAACCUUGACUCCUGAGGAUACUAGGUCUCAUGCCGGCAACGUCCCAUGCAUUGGGGGCAUAGUAAAAGGUAAAUCCGGUGACAGCAACUAUCAUGUGGAUCUUAAUGCUUUACAACCUUGUGAAAUAGGAGAUGGAAUGAAAGACACUUGCUCUUCCAAGGUCGAUUUUUCCAGGCUUUCGGAGAUAGCUAGCCAAGAAAAUGAGCCUGCAAUGGAUUUGUCUAUCCCCUUUAUGCCUGAAUGUAAGUGGUUAUCUCUGUAG